AUGAGAGUGUUGAAGGAAUUUCAUAAUAAGGGCCGUAUAGAAAGGGGCUGCAACGCGUCUUUUAUAGCCUUAUUACCAAAGAUAAGAGACCCUAAGAUGGUUAGCGAGUAUAGACCUAUUUCGUUGAUUGGGGUGUUAUACAAAGUAAUAGCGAAAGUUCUUGCAAAUCGAAUCAAAGGGGUAAUUCCAUUUGUGGUGGCGUCAGUACAAACGGCUUUUGUAGAAGGUAGGUCAAUUUUUGAUGGCCCUAUCAUUACAAGUGAAGUAAUCUCCUGGGCGAAAAAAAGCAAAAAGGAAAUAUUUGUGUUUAAAGUGGACUUUGAAAAGGCUUAUGACUGCAUAAACUGGAAGUUCCUACUGGCAAACAUGAAAGCAAUGAAUUUCCCGGCAAGAUGGAGGAAGUGGAUUGGAGCGUGUCUAAAGUCAAGUUGGGCGUCGGUUUUGGUAAAUGGAUCCCCUACAUCGGAAUUCAAUUUACAAAGAGGUUUAAGACAAGGUGAUCCGCUAUCCCCAUUCUUAUUUAUUCUAGCUAUGGAAGCAUUAGAUGUGAAUUUAAGUAAAUCAAGCUUAGUUGGUGUGGAGGUAGAAGAGGAAGAAGUUGAAUCUAUGACCGAAAAAUUAAAAUGUAAAAAAGGUAAUAUGCCGUUUGAAUUUUUGGGGUUAACAAUUGGUGCAAAUAUGAAACGAGAAAAACUAUGGAAACCGGUGGUAGAUAAGUUCAAUAAAAAACUAUCGUCAUGGAAAGCGAAAUGCCUAUCAUUUGCCGGAAGAUUGGUAUUAGCAAAAGCGGUUAUGGGAGCACUUCCGAAUUACUACAUGUCAAUGUUUUCAGCCCCAAAGAAAGUUAUCCAAAAGUUAGAAGCAAUUCGGAGGAAGUUCGUUUGGGGUUCGAAAGAAGGUAAAAAUAAGAUAUGUUGGAUUGCAUGGAAAACAAUGGUAAAACCGAGAAAAUAUGGUGGAUUCGGUAUAGGGGAUUUGAGAAGCACGAAUCUAGCACUAUUAGUAAAGUGGGCUUGGAAAUAUAAAACGAACCAGGAAGCAUUAUGGGCAAAAGUCGUAAAAGCAAUACAUGAAAAUAAGAGAUGCCACAAAUAUAUCCCAGCAAACAAAAGGAUUACUGGAAUAUGGAAAGAUAUAGUAGGUUCAUACAAUGAACUCAACAGCAAAGGCAUAAACUUGAAGGAAAGAUUAGUGGCGAAAGUAGGAGAUGGAAAAAAGAUUAAACUAUGGCUGGAUAAUUGGGCAGGUGAGUUACCGUUGAAAGACCGAUACCCUGAAUUGUUUAAGAUCGCAAAAAACAAGCAAGCAACUGUGGCGAACCAUGGAGUAAAGGUAGGAAACGAAACUCAAUGGAACAUUGAGUGGAGUAGACCACCAAACAGCGACGAAGAAUGGAGGCAAUGGUCGGGUAUGUGGAAUGAUUUAAAUAAAACAAAAAUUGAUACGGCAGCGGACCGAUGGGGAUGGAAAAAUGAUAAAUGGGAGACAUUCUCAGUAGCAGCGGUCAAAAGACUGAUCGACAAACAAUUCAUAACUGAACCGGAAGAACAAUGGAAUCACUGGAACACAUGGGCGCCGGCAAAGAUAAACUACUUUACGUGGAGGGCAGCUAUCGGAAAAAUCGCGGUAAAAGAAGAACUAAAAAAAAAGAGGCGUAGCUAUGGAAAACGAUCUGUGCUCAAGAUGUGGGUUGAGGGAGGAAUCAGUGGAACACUUAAUACACGAAUGCAUAAUGUCAAAAGCAGUUUGGUGGAACAUCCUUGUGUGGCUGAAACUACCGACUACUGCGGACGUGAGUACAUGCAAGAAGAUGAUAGAAUACCCGGACGGUUUGGCUGGAUCAUCGGAAUGGAAGAAAAUAGUGAAACUGGUCUUUCAAACAACGAUAUGGAACCUUUGGAAGACACGAAACGAAAAGGAGUUCAAAGGAGGCACGAGAGUAGGAAGCAAAAUAAUCGACGACAUUAA